AUGGGCCUGGAGCUCUAUCUGGACCUGCUGUCAGCAUCCUGCCGUGCUGUGUAUAUCUUCGCUAGAAAGAACAGCAUCCCCUUCGACUUCCAGUUUGUGGAUCUGCUAAAGGGUCACCACCACAGCAAAGAAUACAGAGAGAUCAACCCCCUGAAGAAGCUACCCAGCCUCAAAGAUGGAAAAUUUAUCUUAUCUGAAAGUGUGGCCAUCCUUUUCUACUUGUGCCGUAAGCACAGCACACCGUCGCACUGGUACCCACCCGACCUGCACACACGCGCCCGCGUGGAUGAGUUCAUGGCCUGGCAGCACACUGCCAUCCAGCUGCCCAUGAGCAAGAUCCUCUGGAUCAAGAUGCUGAUCCCAAUGAUCACAGGUGAGGAGGUUCCAGCUGAGAAGACAGAACAGAUGCUGGCAGAGGCGAAGAACAACAUGCAGCUCUUUGAGGAGAAGUUUCUGCAGGACAAGAUGUUCAUCACUGGGGACCACAUCUCACUGGCCGACCUGGUGGCCCUGGUGGAGAUGAUGCAGCCCAUGGGAAGCAAGUAUAAUGUCUUUCUCAACAGCUCCAAGAUAGCUGAGUGGCGCAUGAGGGUGGAGCUGGCUAUUGGCUCUGGCCUCUUCUGGGAGGCCCAUGACCGGCUGAUGAAGUUGGCAGAGUGGGACUGUUCAACGUUGGAUCCAAUGGUCAAGGAGAAGAUCUGCGAGUUGCUGCAGAAGUUCAAGUAGAAGCAGCCCAUCCUUCAGGGCCUGGCUGACUCAGCCCUUCUGAGCUUCCUUCCUUAGAGGAGAUGUUGAAAACAACUCUGUUUCUUUGCUUAAUAAAGUACUGUAACAACCACCAAGGCUGCUGAGCCCAGGACAGGUGGUGUGAGCAUAGGGUAUGCAUGGUGUGGGAGAUGGUGGUGGUCAUGAUUCCCCCCAGGUUCCAAAAAGAGUUUAAAAACUAAAAGUUAAGGGCGCCUGGGUGGCUCAGUUGGUUAAGCGACUGCCUUUGGCUCAGGUCAUGAUCCUGGAGUCCCUGGAUCGAGUCCCACAUCGGGCUCCCUGCUCGGCAGGGAGUCUGCUUCUCCCUCUGACCCUCCCCCACCUCAUGUGCUCUCUCUCUCAUUCUCUCUCUCUCAAAUAAAUAAAUAAAUAAUCUUAAAAAAAAUAAAAAAUAAAAAAUAAUAAAAAAUAAAAGUUAAAUAUGAUUAAGGGCGCCCUGCUGUCUUAGUUGGUAGAGCAUGCAACUCUUGAUUUCAGGGUCGUGAGUUUGAGCCUCACAUUGGGCAUAAAGUUUCCUUAAAAAAAAUCAACUGGGGUCGCUUUGGUGGCUCAGUCAGUUAAGCAUCUCACUCUUGAUUGUGGCUCAGGUCAUGAUCUCAGGGUUGCAAGACUGAGCCCUGCAUCAGGAUCCACGCUCAGUGCAGAGUCUGCUUGAGAUUCUUUCCCUCCCCCUCUGCCUCUCCUUCCACUCAUGUGCGUUUGCAUUCGCACACUCUCUCUCAAAUAAAUAAAUAUAUAAAAGUAAAAAAAAAGUCAACUGGAUUUGGGGUGCCUGGGUGGCUCAGUCGUUAAGCGUCUGCCUUCGGCUCAGGUCAUGAUCCCAGGGUCCUGGGAUCGAGCCCCGCAUUGGGCUCCCUGCUCGGCGGGAGGCCUGCUUCUCCCUCUCCCUCU